AUCGUUGGAAAUGUGAUGAUACUAACAUUGGUGUCAACCAGACACUCUCUAAGAAACCCAAUGAACUUUUUUCUUGGUCAGCUUUCCUUAUGUGACAUUUUAAUUAGUACCAAUGUGGCCCCUAAUAUGAUCCACAUUCUAGUCCACAAUGGGAGUCGUGUAUUUGUUAGAAGCUGUGCUGUUCAGUUGUUUUUCUUUGGUGCUUCUGCACUAAUAGAGUGUUGUCUUCUCACUAUGAUGUCCUAUGAUCGAUAUUUGGCCAUCUGUAAGCCACUUCAUUACUUAUCCAUUAUGACUGUAAGGUUUACUUACUAUUUGGUUGUUUGGUGUUGGGUUAUUGGUUUUUCACUAUCAUUUAUAAUUCAUAUGGGUAUCCUUGAGUUACAUUUCUGUGACCGCUACAUCAUUGACCACUUUUUUUGUGACCUUGCCCCCCUUCUCGAUCUUUCUUGCAUAGAUACAACAAAGGUUAGAAUAGAGGUCUCUGUAGUGACAAUUUUAUUGGGACUUGUUCAGUUUUUUCUUAUCAUUGUGAGCUACUCCUCCAUUUUAAAAUCCAUUUUCCGUAUUCCCUCCUCAUUUGGAAGGCAAAAAGCCUUCUCCACCUGCAGCUCACAUUUAAUUGUUGUUUUGGUAUAUUAUGGAUCCCUCAUUAUUCUUUAUCUGUCUCCAACAAAGGGGAACUACCUAAAUCUUAACAAGAUAUUGUCCUUCUUUAACACCGUGGUCACCCCACUAUUUAACCCUAUCGUUUACAGCCUGCGGAGCAAAGAGAUUAGAAAAGCCUUUAGAAAAGUAUUUGUUUUAGGAAAAGAGCACAUUAUGAAGCUCAUCUGA